ACUGCAAGAUCGAUCUGGGCAUCGAAGGAGGAACGCUGUAACCUCCAACCCCUUUUUUCUGACCAACCGGGACCCGAGCAGUGCUGGGGCCGGGGAGGGUCACCCGUUGAGGACCGGGGCGGAGGGUGUUAAGUUACAGGGCAGGAGUCCGGGUCCCCCCGCGGGCAGGAAGGGGAGGGCCCAACGGGGCGAGGGGAACCCCGGUGCGGGCCUGGGGUGGGGUCGGAAAAGCUGUCUCACCGCGCGCUCCCGGGCCCUCCGCUCCCUCCCUCCCUCGCUGGCCUCCCUGCCACUCUCUGCGGCGCCUUCCCGGAGGCAGCGCCCGCAGCGGCCUCGCCAUGUCCCAGCCUGGCCGGAAGCCCGCCGCCUCCCCGCGGCCCGGGCGCGCUGCCGCAGCCCGCCGCACCCAGGAGCAUGUCAGUGAAAAAAACAGUGAAUCGCCUUCCAAACCAGGAGAAAAGAAAGGAUCAGAUGAGAAAAAAGCAACAAGCCUCAGGAGCAGUCAAUCCUCCAGAGCCUAUGCUGAUGGAACAGCCUCGGCCGCCAAGGUGUCAGCUUCCUCUGGUGCAACCAGCAAGUCUUCCAGUAUGAAUCCCACGGAAACCAAGGCUGUAAAAACAGAACCCGAAAAGAAGUCGCAAUCAACCAAGCUGUCUGUGGUUCAUGAGAAAAAAUCCCAAGAAGGAAAGCCGAAAGAACACACAGAGCUAUCUGUGGUUCAUGAGAAAAAAUCCCAAGAAGGAAAGCCGAAAGAACACACAGAGCCAAAAAGCCUACCCAAGCCGGCAUCAGAUACAGGAAGUAAGGAUGCUCACAAUAAAAAAGCAGUUUCCAGAUCAGCUGAGCAGCAGCCGUCAGAGAAAUCAACAGAACCAAAGACGAAACCACAAGAUAUGAUUUCUGCUGGUGGAGAGAGUGUUGCUGGUGUGGCUGCAGCAUCUGACAAGCUGGGUGACAAGAAAAAAGAAAAGAAAUCAUUAACUCCAGCUGUGCCAGUUGAAUCUAAACCAGAUAAACCGUCGGGAAAGUCAGACAUGAAUGCUGCUUUGGAUGACUUAAUAGACACUUUAGGAGGACCUGAAGAAACCGAAGAAGAAAAUACAACGUAUACUGGACCAGAAGUUUCAGAUCCAAUGAGCUCCACCUACAUAGAGGAAUUGGGUAAAAGAGAAGUCACAAUUCCACCAAAAUAUAGGGAACUCUUGGCUAAAAAGGAAGGGAUCAGAGGGCCUCCUCCAGACUCUUCGAAACCCAUGGGGCCAGAUGAUGCUAUAGAUGCCUUGUCAUCCGACUUCACCUGUGGGUCGCCUACAGCUGCUGGAAAGAAAACUGAAAAGGAGAAAUCUACAGAAGUUUUAAAAGCUCAGUCAGCAGGUAUAAUCAAAAGUGCUGCUCCACCCCAAGAGAAGAAAAGAAAGGUGGAAAAGGACACAAUGAGCGACCAAGCACUCGAGGCUCUGUCGGCUUCACUGGGCACCCGGCAAGCAGAACCUGAGCUCGACCUCAGCUCGAUUAAGGAAGUUGAUGAGGCAAAAGCUAAAGAAGAAAAACGGGAGAAGUGUGGUGAGGAUGAUGAAACAGUCCCAUCAGAGUACAGAUUAAAACCAGCCACGGAUAAAUAUGGAAAACCACUAUUGCCAGAGCCUGAAGAAAAACCCAAGCCUCGGAGUGAAUCGGAACUCAUUGAUGAACUUUCAGAAGAUUUUGACCGGUCUAAAUGUAAAGAAAAACCAUCUAAGCCAACUGAAAAGACAGAAGAAUCUCAGGGCGCUGCUCCGGCCCCUGUGGCGGAGGCUGUGCCUCGGACCUCCAUGUGCAGCAUACAGUCAGCACCACCUGAGCCGGCUACCUUGAAGGGCACAGUGCCAGACGAUGCUGUAGAUGCCUUGGCUGAUAGCCUGGGGAAAAAGGAAGCAGAUCCAGAAGAUGGAAAACCUGUGAUGGAUAAAGUCAAGGAGAAAGCCAAAGAAGAAGACCGUGAAAAGCUUGGUGAAAAAGAAGAAACAAUUCCUCCUGAUUAUCGAUUAGAAGAGGUCAAGGAUAAAGAUGGAAAGCCACUCCUGCCGAAAGAGUCUAAGGAACAGCUUCCACCCAUGAGUGAAGACUUCCUUCUGGAUGCUUUGUCUGAGGACUUCUCUGGGCCACAAAAUGCUUCAUCUCUUAAAUUUGAAGAUUCUAAACUUGCUGCUGCCAUCUCUGAAGUGGUUUCCCAAACCCCAGCUUCAACAACCCACUCUGGAGCCCCACCCCGUGAUACUUCGCAGAGUGACAAAGACCUCAAUGAUGCCUUGGAUAAACUCUCUGAUAGUCUAGGACAAAGGCAGCCUGACCCAGAUGAGAACAAACCAAUGGAGGAUAAAGUAAAGGAAAAAGCCAAAGCUGAACAUAGAGACAAGCUUGGAGAAAGAGAUGACACUAUCCCACCUGAAUACAGACAUCUCCUGGAUGAUAAUGGACAGGACAAACCAGUGAAGCCACCUACAAAGAAAUCAGAGGAAUCAAAGAAGUCUGCAGAUGACCAAGACCCCAUUGAUGCUCUCUCAGGAGAUCUGGACAGCUGUCCCUCCACUACAGAAACCUCACAGAACACAGCAAAGGAUAAGCGCAAGAAGACUGCUUCCAGCUCCAAAGCAUCUAAGAAUGGAGGUAAAGCGAAGGAUUCAGCAAAGACAACAGAGGAAGCUUCCAAGCCAAAAGAUGAUGAAAAACAUACAAGUUAAGGUUUAAACUGUCUGGUAUCUGCAUAUAAAAUCUUCAGCUGGUGGAUGGUGACUUUUGAAGAACAGAAGGCUUUGGCAACAGAAAACAAUUGUUCUGGGUAAUUUGCUGAGUCUUUGAACAUCCUAAAUAUUGGUUUGUUAAUCUUUUCCAGAAAGAAAAUGAAUUUGACUGGUUCACCUGUGUUAUUGUACUGAGUACUGAUAAACUUUGAAUUUUUUUAAUUGCCUUCAAUUGGGAGAGAAAGAAAGCUUUAUAUUUGUAAGAAAUAUAUUUGAUAAAGUUUCUUAAAGCAACACCAAAAAAAAAAAAAGCUAAGCAAACUUUUGCACAUUCUACACACAGUGCCUGUAAGUCUCAUUUGUAUUUUCAGUUUGCACUUAAAUUUUUUUGUUAGUGUUUGGAAAACAAAGCUUUAAAUAUUCUUCGGUGUUCUGAUUUCUUUUUACCCCCUUUCUUCUUGGGCUUUUGAACUGUAUUUGAUGUUGCUUUGGGAUUAUGUUUAUAAAACAUAAGAUAUUGUAUAUUGGCACAUAUCUCCUCUUGGGCUGCUAAUAAUAAAUUAAUAAUAGGUAACCUGGACAAUCCAGGGAGCACCAAACCCCUUUUCAGCUUGAACUCUUCUUUGCCAGGUGUGAGGACUCUGUACCUUACAGUCAGCACAAAACACACUGAGACUUGAAUCAAGUCAGCAACAGAGCAGAAUAAAGGUUAGAUAAGUCCCUGUGUAGCAAGUUCUGAGCAUAAGAAAUAAAAUCUAAUUCUUAGGGUACUCAUUUGAUUUGAACUUGGUGGUUUACGGUGUUAGUAAACUGUGCUUUCUAUUAUCUAUACAGAAAACUCACGUAGCAACUGUGUGCUUAGAGCUAUUGCCACAUUAGUCCUUGCACUGUAUCGCAUCUGGCUUUACGGAACUUAAGUUUACCUAUACAAAAAGAAACUUCUGCUUUAAAAAAAUUAUAUAUAUAUGAAAUUUUAAAUCUGCUUUUCUCCCACAGCAAUUUAAGAAAUAGGCUCUGAUGUCCUAGAACUUUGAAUGGUUUCUGAAUGAAAAGCUCCUGAACAUUGCACUGAUAUCAUUGAUUAGAAUUUUGGUAUUUUAUUUCAUCUUUAUUUCCCAGUAGUGAAUGCAAGAAAAGAUGUCAGGUACAUAACACAAAACAGAUUGGGAAUUUCUUGUUUCCAAAGGGCAUGGCAUUCCUUAGCAUCAGAUUGCAGCUUUUGUUAUAGCUUAGCUGACUUGUGGUAGCAGAGCAAGCAAAAACAAUAACAUAGCUUAGGAAUGGGCACCACAUCUUGUUAACCUCCCCCACAAAUACUCCCUGAAAGUCACGCUCAUACCUAUGGGAUUUCACACUCCACCAGCUUAAAAUGCUAUGUCUCUGCCCAUCAGAAUUAGUCACUAUUCUAUUUUUAAGGCAACAACAAGAAAAUAAAAAAUACUUUUCCUGAGGGAUUUCUAACUUUGUAUCUAAUCCUCCCAUUUGGACAGUAUAGGGGUUUGCUUUUUUGUUGUCGUUAAAAAAGACCUCGAAACCUUUGACACUGACAGAUGAGUUUGCAAGGUAUAGCUGCAUUAUGACUAAUUUCCAUGUGGAUCUAGAAGUAUUUUUAAAUGGGAUACCAAAAUCUAGAAGUUUAAAGAUGCCUAUUAUAGUAAACAUUUAUUUAAGGUACUCUGAAUAUGCCUUCUUUUUAAUGAGAAAUAUCAAGACUUGUGUGUUUGUUAAUAACUAACUGGAGUAAGCUACAGGAUCUAAAGCAGCCCUUUUUACAAUCAGUUAGGAGAAAAUAAUUGCAAAUAUCCACUUAGAGGCAAAGAACAAUUUUUAUUACCAAAAAGGUUUCUGCACAUUGUUGUGGCAAUAUUGUAUCUGUUUAGAAAAUGAGCUUUUCCAAAAGCAAAUGAAGUUCCUCAGGUGACCAGAACUGAAAAUCAGUAUUUCCAUGUUUCAUUAAUCAAGACAUAAAAUACAAUUAAAGCAAAAUAGUUUACAUUAAAA